CUGCCGAGAGCGCAGGACACGACGGAUGGCUAGGGCUUUGAACUUAGCAGCAGCCUGGGGCCGGGCGCUGCUCCUGGCCGCGCUGCUCUCCCGGCUGGACCCCUGCUCAGGUAAUUCAGAACUGUCAACAGCAGUUAAUAUAACUUGGUCAUCAAUCAAUUUCAAAACAAUACUACAGUGGCAACCUGUGCCAACUAACUAUGUCCAUACAGUAAGAAUAUCUGGAAUCAACUCAAACUGGGAAAAAGCAUGUGUCCACACAAAAGAAACAGAAUGUGAUGUUACUGACAAACUGGAGAAGGUAAAAGACACCUAUACUGCACACAUAGUGUCUGAAAUGCUUUCCGGGACAGAAAAGUUUGAGGAGCCGCCUUACGCAAUCUCCCCAAAAUUCACGCCUUACAAUCAGACUACAAUCGGGAAACCAGGGAUUCAAACUUAUGAACUAAUUGACUCCAAGCUGAAAGUGUUGGUUGAAGAUCCACUUACACCAUACAGACUUCCUAAUAAAAGCUUUAAAAGUAUCAGAGAGAUUUUUAAAAAUGACCUGAAAUAUACACUUUAUUAUUGGAAAGAUGGAAGUACAGGAAAGAAAGAGGCAACGACAAAAAGUAAUCAGUUUGAAAUAAGCAUUGACAAAGGGGAGAACUACUGCUUCUAUGUACAGGCAACUAUUCUCUCUCGCAGAGAAAACCGCAAAAGUCAAGAAAGCAAUAUGAAUUGUACCCGUUAUCAGAAAGAUGGCCCGGCUGAGUAUGGAACUGAAGUGUUAAUUAUCAUAGCAGCUGCAGCCAGUGUAAUCCUCAUUACAAUCAUUGGCUUGUCUGUGGCCCUGUAUAAAUGCAAGAAAACAAAAGCUGCAAAGGAAAAAGAAACGAUGCCACUUAAUGAUGUUUAGGAAAAACACAAGAAGCGCCUUUUUUCUUACUACUUCAAAUGCUGCUGCAUUCCCAGACAGAAAAGCUUAUGGUACUUGUGGGGAAAAAACUACUGUCUCUAAAUAUUAUUAACCUUUACUUAAGUGUAAAGGAACACUUCCUGUUUCUGUGAAACUUUUUUAUAUUUAAAGCAAAAAAACACUCCUUUUUUAUACCCUGUUUUAUUUUUAUUUUAACAAUGUUAGUAAACUGAUGAAAUGUUAGCUCACAAGUAUGAAAACACUACUAUUCCUUCUGCACUUUUUGGAUGAGUCAAUUUUAAAUUGGUUAUUCUGUAUAUCAGUCGAUAUUUAUUUAGUUUUGAUAACCUGUGACUGUCUAUAUGACAUCCUAACAAGUUCACUUGUGAGGUGGUGAGAGCACCAUAUCAAAAACUUAACAUUCAAAACCAUAAUACAACAUAUCCAAAUUAACAGUAAUUUUCAAGAGAGGAACCUGCUCAAAAUAGAGACAGAAUUACUUGUCUAACCUUUUAAAUAUACUUUAGACAACUCCAAGUAGUAAACUUAGUAAUUUGCAAUUCAUUUGAAUCAAUAGGUAACUAAUUUCCUGCACAUACUCUACAGGAAGUAGAAUUUAUCACUUAUAUUUUAUACUGAUGAUUAAACACUUGAGAGAUGACUUAUUCUUAUAAUGGGAUGUCUAUAUAAAUGAACUACUUUGGUGAUGUGAUUUGGAGGUGCCUCAUGCUACUACAAUUUUUAAUAUAUUUAUGAUUUUUAUAAAUGGGAAUAAUUUUUAUAUUGGUAUAUUUGUAUAUAUUGUGGUAACUUAUUUAAUAUACUUUCUUACUGGAAAUAAAGGUGAAUGGGAAAACAAGACUCAUUAUUGCAGAACAAUGUUCCUUCUAGACAUAAAGUUAAACAUGGAUCUAAGAAAUA